CAGAAUUCGCUCAAAAUCCUUUCCGCUCAGAUAAGAGAGGCCGGAGACUGAGAGAGAGGGAAACUCGUACACAGAGAGAGUAUGGACGUGGAGAAGGUGGAGAGGAAGGAGGUGGCCGUCGACGACGAUGGCCGCGUCAGAACAGCCAGGUGUUCCAAGAGACCAAGAAGGCAAGAAUGUCACACGAACGGUAUGGACGGCGACGACGCACGCCAUCACCGCCGUGAUCGGGUCAGGCGUGCUGGCGCUGCCGUGGAGCGUGGCCCAGAUGGGGUGGGUGCUCGGCCCCAUCGCCCUCGUCGUCUGCGCCUACAUCACCUACUACACCGCCGUCCUCCUCUGCGACUGCUACCGCACGCCGGACCCCGUCCACGGCAAGCGGAACUACACCUACAUGGACGUCGUCCGCUCAUGCCUCGGGCCUCGAGACGUGGUCGUGUGUGGCAUUGCGCAGUACGCGAUUCUCUGGGGCGCAAUGGUGGGUUACACCAUCACGACCGCUACGAGCAUCAUGUCAGUGGUGCGCACGAACUGCCACCACUACAAGGGGCCGGACGCGACCUGCGGCUCGUCCGGGACGAUGUACAUGGUGCUGUUCGGCCUCGCGGAGGUCGUCCUGUCCCAGUGCCCGAGCCUGGAGGGGGUGACGCUCAUCUCCGUCGUCGCCGCCGUCAUGUCGUUCACCUACUCCUUCGUCGGGCUCUUCCUCAGCGCCGCUAAGGUCGCGUCGCACGGCGCGGCGCACGGCACCCUCCUCGGCGUCAGGGUCGGCGCCGGAGGCGUCACCGCGUCGACCAAGGCGUGGCACUUCCUGCAGGCGCUCGGGAACAUCGCCUUCGCGUACACCUACUCCAUGCUGCUCAUCGAGAUCCAGGACACGGUGAAGUCGCCGCCGUCGGAGAACGUGACGAUGAAGAGGGCGAGCCUGUACGGCAUCGGCGUCACGACCGUCUUCUACGUGUCGAUCGGGUGCGUCGGGUACGCGGCGUUCGGCAACGCCGCGCCCGGGAACGUCCUCACCGGCUUCCUCGAGCCGUUCUGGCUCGUCGACAUCGCCAACGUUGCCGUCGUCAUCCACCUGGUCGGAGCGUACCAGGUGUACGCGCAGCCGGUGUUCGCGUGCUACGAGAAGUGGCUGGCGAGCCGUUGGCCGGAGUCGGCGUUCUUCCACCGGGAGUACGCGGUGCCGCUGGGCGGCGGGCGCGCGGUGCGGUUCACGCUGUGCAAGCUGGUGCUGCGCACGGCGUUCGUGGCCGUGACGACGGUGGUGUCGCUGGUGCUGCCGUUCUUCAACGCCGUGCUCGGGCUGCUCGGCGCCGUCGCGUUCUGGCCGCUCACGGUGUACUUCCCGGUGACCAUGUACAUGGCGCAGGCGAAGGUGCAGAGAGGCAGCCGGAAGUGGGUGGCGCUGCAGGCGCUCAACGUCGGCGCGCUCGUCGUGUCGCUGCUCGCGGCGGUGGGCUCGGUGGCCGACAUGGCGCAGCGCCUGCGCCACGUCACCAUCUUCCAAACGCAGCUCUGAACCCGGAUGGACGCAUGCAGCCGAUGAGAUUAUGCAUGUAGUACUACUCCUACUACUUUUGUUGCUGUACUCGUACUAGUUGCUGGUGUAAUUUGGCUGUCGUGUUACAAGCUACUACUACUAGUACAAGCCCCUCUGUUUUUAUACCUCUGAAUUUAGCAAAUGGGACUUGAGGAGUAUGGUUAUCCUAUGGACAAAACUGUGUACGUUAUUCCGGUUGGGAUCGUCAAGCAUAGCAUAUAGGAAUUUCGGGUGAAAGAAUUCAAUUAUGAGUAUUAGCACCUUUUGUAUUUAGAACUUAUUUCUGAAAGCAACUAAAGUUA